AUGAGUUCAAACUCCGAUAAUGAUGAGAAAAUUUCAAUUGACCCUCAAUCAAAUGAAUCGACGACGGCCAAUGAAAAUCAAUCCUUGUUAGUUUUGAAGAAUUUGAGCUGGGAAGACUUUAAAAAUAUUGGUAAAAUUCCGUGUGCUCGUAAAAGUCUCUUAUACGGAAUCGGAGGAGGGGCGACCGUUGGUUCAUUAAGGUUCUUACAAAAAGGUAAUGUUCUCUCGGCUUCAAAUUGGGCAGUUGGAUCGUUCUGUGUAAUCUCAAUUGGCACAUGGGAAUAUUGUCGUUAUAAACGUCAAAUCCAAAAUGAGAAAUUUAAGAUAGUUGUAGAGCAAAUCAGUGAGUUAAAUAAGAAGAAAGCUCAGGCUAAAGCAACAGAAGAAUUGGACAUCACUUCACAUACACUGCACAACUUUGACGAAGAUCAAGUUUCUCUGACUUUCCUCGCUCCUUCAUCCCAUAUUACUUCUCCUUCAAACUCAAGCUCCUCUUUCCCUACGGACGAAUUACGUAGUCAAACAGGUGGAUAUCACCCUCGAGACGAAGUAGACGACUAUCCUCAAGCUAGUGAUUCGGAUUCGGAUUUACGUUCUCCAAAACGUUUGCGACUCGAAGAAAUUACAGAAAUACAGCCAGCAAUGAGAAUCAACCAAGGUGAAAAUGGUGUAGGAAGUAGCACUAACGGUGUUUCUCUAAAUAGUAGUAAUGGGGAUUCUCAAAAUGCAACCAACGGUCAAGCUUUGACUGACAGUAGAAUGCAAAGAACUCGACAACAAGAGUUGGUUAGGUUAAUGGUUCAAGCAAUGCAAGACAUGGGUUAUAGUCAAUCUGCUGCUACACUUGAAAAAGAGUCGGGUUUUCCACUUGAAAGCUCUGCAGUUGCAAAAUUCAGGGAUGGUGUCUUGAAGGGGGAUUGGGCUUUAGUAGAAAGUCUUUUCCCGACAUUGGAGUUAGAUCAUAACAAAGAUGUUGUGAGAUUUUUGAUUCGGCAGCAAAAAUAUCUUGAAUUACUGGAAGCGCGUCAAAUCAAAAAGGCUUUAAUUGUAUUGAGGAACGAACUCACUCCACUUGACUUUAACUUGGAAAGACUUCAUUCUUUAUCAAGUUUUAUGAUGUGCAGUAAUGCGGAAGACUUGAGACGUAGAGCUGAGUGGGAUGGUGCAAAAGGAACAUCGCGCCAAAAAUUAUUAGUGGAGAUUCAAACAACUACGUUACAACGUAUAUCAUGUCUUUAUCAUAAUACGAAUGAAUAUAUUUCAUUAUAUUCUGAUCAUGUUUGUGACAGGUCACAAUUCCCUUCAGUAACUACCCAUAUUUUUAGACAACAUACAGAUGAAGUUUGGUAUGUUGCAUUCUCUAAUAAUGGGAGAUUCCUUGCUUCUGCAUCAAAAGACAAGACAGCUAUCAUAUGGAGUCUUGAGACAUGGAAUUUAGUUCACGUGCUCAGAGAUCACAUGGACUGUGUGUCCUUUUUAUCAUGGUCUCCAGAUGAUUCAAAGAUCUUAACUUGCGGUCAGGACAAUGUCUUAAAACUUUGGAGUGUGGAGUCGGGUGAUUGUUUAAAUACCAUUAAAAAGCAUGAUGAACCCGUAACCGCAUGUGCUUGGCUUCCAGACGGAAAACGUUUUAUUUCUGGAAGCCAGGAUAAAAAUACUUAUUUAUGGAACUUGGAUGGUACAAUUGUUCAUAAGUGGUCUGGUGCGCGAAUAGCAGAUUUAGCAAUUAAUAAAGAAGGAACUAGAAUGGUCGCAAUUUGCCAUGACAACAAAUUACAUAUAUAUGAUCUUGAAACAAGAAAAGAAGAAGCGAUAAUGGAUGAAAACGCGAAACUCACCUCGAUUUGUUUAUCGAGUGAUUGCAAAUAUGCUUUGUUGAACCUAUCCACAAAGGAAAUUCAUUUGUGGGAUAUUGAUGAAAGACGGAUUGUGCGAAAAUAUUUUGGUCAGAAACAAGGAAAAUUCGUCAUACGAUCUUGUUUUGGUGGAAUAGAUCAAGGAUUUAUCGUUAGCGGAAGUGAAGAUUCCAAAAUUUACGUUUGGCAUCGAGAACAUGCAGAUUUGAUAGAAACAUUAUCUGGGCACAAAGGUUCAGUUAAUAGUGUUAAUUGGAGUCCAAUCGAUCCGUACAUGUUUGCUUCAGCAGGAGACGACAAAACUAUUCGAAUAUGGGGACCACCAAGUUCUGCUGACCAUAAUGGAAAAAUGAAAACACCAUGA